AUGGAUGUACGAGGUGCCGCGCGAGGUGGUGCACCAGUGAGCAUUAGUUCGGCUUCGGGUGACAACAAUCAUGGUUCUGUAAGAGAAUCUGUAGGGAAGUUGCCAGAUUUGGAGAUACAAAAUCUCCCUGAGAAAAGACGGGGGAGUUUCUGGCGUACCAUUCGACGCUACAUCUGGGACGACCCAGAUAAGCCAGAGUACGAGAAGAAGUUCCUGCUAAAGCUCGACUUCUUCCUCCUGACAUACACGUGCUUGGGAUAUUUUUGCAAGAACCUCGACCAGGCUAACAUCAAUAAUGCCUAUGUGUCGGGCAUGAAAGAGGCGCUUGGGAUGUAUGGCAGCGAGCUGACCUAUGCCAGCAACGUCUUCACGGCCGGGUACGUGAUUAGCCAGCUGCCGGCUGUCAUCUUGGUCACCAAGCUCCGGCCCUCGUACGUGAUUCCCACGCUCGAGGUCCUGUGGGCCAUCUUCACCUUCUGCGCCGCGGCUGUCAGGACGGUGCCGCAGCUGUAUGCUGUCCGUUUCCUGAUCGGGCUGUGCGAGGGCGCCUUCUUCCCCUGCAUAAUCUACCUCAUCGCCUCCUGGUACACCAAGAGCGAAAGGGCGAAGCGGACCACCAUCUUCUACUCCACCGCGACGCUGGCCAGCAUGUUCUCCGGUUACCUCCAGGCCGGGGCCUAUUCGGGCCUCAACGGCAAGCUGGGACACGCCGGGUGGCAGUGGCUCUUUAUCGUCUGCGGAGUCAUCAGCUUACCUGUGGGCGUCAUUGGAUAUUUCUUCAAUCCUGACUUCCCCGAGAACACGCGCGCGUUCUACCUGACCACGGAGGAGGUCGAAUUCGCCAAGCAGCGGCUUGUCAACGAUGGAUACAAGCCCCUGGGCGCGUCGGCCUGGCACAAGAAGAAGAUAUUCAACAUAUUUGCCUCAUGGCAGUUCUGGGUCCUGUCGUUCGGGUACUUCUUUGUCCAGUCGAGCUUCGUCUCCCAGCAGCCAUUCUUCGCUCUGUACCUGAAGGCCGAAGGACACAGUACCUACGAGGUCAAUGUCUGGCCAACAGGACAGGCUGCCGUGGGCGCCGUCACCCAGAUCGUGGCCGGCAUGCUGACAGACUCGCCGCUCCUGCGCGGCCGGCGGUGGCAGGCGAUCGCGGUGAUGCAGGGUGGGACCAUCUUCUCAUGCAUCGUCCUGGCCAUCUGGAACGUGCCGAUCGGCCUCAAGUACGUGGCCUUCUAUGCAUCGUACAUGUCUGCGGGCGUGCCGGGCAUCUACUACUCGUGGUUCCCCGACUUGAUGCCCCAUGACCAUGAGAUGCGCGGUUUCAUGACCGCGUUUUCCAACUGCUUCUCGUACAUCAACCAAAUCUGGGUUGCUGAUGCUUUUUGGAGGACGGCAGAAGGGCCUGAAUUCCGACCUGGAUUCGUUUCUGCCGCUGUUUUCGGAGCUGUGCUUAUUGGCACAGCUCUCUUGAUGCGCCACCUCGAGCAUAGGGACGUGAGCAAGAGACUGGGCCGGCAACAAGACAGUCCGUCCAAUGAGCUCUCAGAUCCGGGAAAUGUGGAUAGAAACAUUGUCUAG